CGUUCCCACGGGAAGAGAACCGGAGUUGCAAGUUUUCCAGCCCACGGAAACGGCAGGGGCGCGCAGAGCGGCUUCUGUGGAGCGGAAGUGCAUCCCGGGAGCCGUUCUAGGAAACCCGGAGGACCCCGCGUGUCAGUGGUCGAGGGCACAGUGGGUUUCGCGAGGUGCCCUGGGACGUUGCAGGGAGCCGACCGGCCCUCGCCAGCCGGGUGGCGAUGGGGCUCUGAUAUGGGGACUGAGAAAAAGAAGGAGCUUCCCAAGGAAGAAAUUUCUGAAGAAUCCAAGCCACAUGGGCCAGUGUUGGAAAAGCUUUCACAUGAGGUUUACCAAAGUCAUGGGUUUGGAGCAGCAAGUGAAAAAGACGUAUUAAAGGGACAUCUGAGAAAGUCUCCUCAGGGGAGAGACUUUGCAUCAGGGUUAGUUAUCUUCAAGAUGUCAUCCUUAGGUGAGAAAGAGCAGGGUAGUAGUGGGAGUGACAGCGGCCACAGUCCUGACCCAAGUGUGGUGCUCUGCCAUGGGGAUCCUCCAGUAGAGAGGGACCCAAGUGUGGUGCUCUGCCAUGGGGAUCCUCCAGCAGAGAGGGUUAGCGUGUUUGCUACUUCUGCCCAGAGCUUCAUGGAGAAGGUACAGCUUCAUCAAGCACAGAGGACUUCUGGGGGAGAAAAGCCUCAUACGUGUAAAGAAUGUGGAAAAGCUUUUAAUCAGAACUCGCAUCUCAUCCAGCAUAUGCGAGUUCACAGUGGAGAGAAACCCUUUGAGUGCAAAGAGUGUGGAAAGACAUUUGGAACCAACUCCAGCCUUCGAAGGCACCUGAGAAUUCAUGCUGGAGAGAAGCCCUUUGCUUGUAACGAGUGUGGGAAAGCCUUCAUUCAGAGCUCACAUCUUAUCCACCAUCAUCGAAUCCACACAGGAGAAAGGCCUUAUAAGUGCGAAGAAUGUGGGAAAGCCUUCAGCCAGAAUUCAGCCCUUAUCCUGCACCAGAGAAUCCACACUGGAGAGAAACCGUACGAAUGCAAUGAGUGUGGGAAGACCUUCAGGGUCAGCUCCCAGCUUAUCCAGCACCAGAGGAUUCACACCGAAGAGAGGUACCAUGAGUGCAACGAGUGUGGCAAAGCCUUCAAGCACAGCUCGGGCCUCAUCCGACACCAGAAAAUCCAUACUGGAGAAAAGCCCUAUCUGUGUAACGAAUGUGGGAAAGGCUUUGGUCAGAGUUCUGAGCUUAUCCGUCAUCAGAGAAUUCAUACAGGGGACAAACCCUACGAGUGCAACGAAUGUGGGAAGACUUUCGGGCAGAACUCAGAGAUCAUCCGACAUAUUAGAAUUCAUACUGGGGAGAAGCCCUAUGUAUGCAAGGAGUGUGGGAAGGCCUUCAGGGGUAACUCAGAACUUCUCAGACAUGAGAGGAUUCACACUGGAGAGAAACCCUUUGAAUGCUUUGAGUGUGGCAGGGCUUUCAGGAGGACCUCACACCUAGUCGUCCACCAGAGAAUACACACUGGGGAGAAACCCCACCAGUGUCACGAGUGUGCAAGGACCUUUUGGGAUAACUCGGAGUUGCUGCUCCACCAGAAGAUUCACGGUGGCGAGAAGCCUUAUGAGUGCCGGGAGUGUGCGAAGACCUUCAGCCAGCACUCGCAGUUCACCAGCCACCAGAGAAUCCACACCGGAGAGAAGCCGUACGAGUGUCAGGAGUGCCAGAAGACCUUCAGUCGGAGCUCCCACCUCCUCCGACACCGGAGCAUCCACUGCGUCGAGUGACCUGCGGGCCAGGACUGUGUGGAAAGGCCGAAGCAGGCUCUUCGUUUCUUCACACUCUGUCCCCCAGUCCUUGGGUCACAUGCAAGGACAGGCCCUCCCCUGCCCAUGCCCUGAGCCUUGUGGUAGCUGGCGGAAGUGAUAGAGCAGUUUCAUGAACUAUUUAUUAAGAAGUUUGUGUUCUGAAUUAAAUCAUAAAAGUUGUUUCAGGCCUUAAUUCUCCUCUGUCCUUCUUUCCUUCCU